AUGGCUACGAACCCUCCUCCAUUCGCGGUGGAGGAUGGCUCGGACGAGGAUUUUUUUGAUAAGUUAAUCGAUGAUGACGAAGAUGUGGGCUUUAAAGUCACUACAACUGCUGCGUCUGGAGGGCCUGUCUUGAUGGACGGGAAUGAAUCCGAUAAGGCUGAUGCCUUUUCAAAUUUGUGUAUCAACAAGCUCGAUGAUAACGACGAGGUCAAUUUUGACAAUGGUAGUGACAAUGGUUGUGAUGAUGGUUUAGGCGCCAAACUGGAAACUGUUGCUCAUCAUAUCCAUGAAGGUGGAGCUGUGGAGGAGAGAGGAAAUCCAUUGGCUUCAUCCAGUUCUUUUGUGUUUGGUGAUCUGGUACAACAUCUGGAGAAGUCUAAUGAGGCAACUGAAGUUUUGCCAGAUUCGACGUUGGGGACUGAUAAUAAGACAACUGCAGUAGAAGGCUCGUUUGAUGUGGGCAUGAUGAUCAAGAGUAGUGACGGAUCAGGAGCUCCUGGAGUUAAGGAGGUGGACUGGAGCGCAUUUCGGGCUGAUUCGGCUCAGAAUGAUGACGGGAAAGGUUUCGGGUCGUACUCGGACUUUUUCAGUGAGGUUGAAGGGGAUAAUACUGGUGAUGCAUUUGGUAAUGUGGUGGAGGAUACUUUCAAGAGUGUGGCACAAGAUACUCUUCAUGGAUCCUCGUACGUGGACAAUUCAAACAGCUAUGGACAGUAUAAUGAAGGAUAUUAUAACGAUAGUGUUGCAGCAGGUCAGGGUUCAUAUACGCAGGACCUGAACAGCAGUCAGUAUUGGGAAAGCCAAUAUCCCGGUUGGAAGUACGAUCCGAGCACGGGCCAGUGGCAUCAGGUUGAUGGGUUUGAUGCAGGUGAAAGCGUGCAAUCGAAUGUCGAUUCAAAUGAUAGAACUUCGUGGGGAGUGGCUGAUGGGCAAACUGAACUCUCUUACAUGCAGCAAGCUGCUCAAUCUGUUGCUGGUGCUGUUGCCGAGGCAAGUACGACAGAGAAUGUUACGAACUGGAAUCAGGUUGCCGAAGUGAGUGGUGACAUUGAUGGGGUUCCACCGUCCUCUCAUGAGAAUAGUGGUUACCCGCCUCAUAUGAUGUUUGACCCUCAGUACCCUGAGUGGUAUUAUGAUACUAUUGCCCAGAGCUGGUUUACUUUGGAAUCCUACAAUGCAUCAGCUCAGUCCACUGCUCAAGGUGAGGUGCAGAUGAAUAAUCAGACCGACUAUGGAUCAACAGAGGCAUUGGCACGGAACAGCGCUGUUGAAGCAUUCAAUGGUAAUGGUCAAAUUAAUAGUUAUGAGUCUCAGGGCUUUAGCACACAGGGUUUGGAUAAUAGCUGGGCGGGUUCAGUCGGAAGCAAUAAUCAACAAGGCUCAACUAUGUGGACACCUGAAGCUGUUGACAAUAGCAAACCUACUUCAAUUUACAAUGGUAACCAAACAAUGGGAAAUCAAUAUGGGCAGAAUCUGUCACUCAGUAGCCAUGGGAAUCAACAAAAUUCUGUUCAGUAUGGGGUGAAACAUUCGUAUUACGAAAAUCUGAGUCAGAAUCAACAAAGUUCUGUUCAGUAUGGGGUGAAAAAUUCGUAUUAUGAUAAUCUAAGUCAAAACCGCAAUGACUUUCCAGUGCCUUCUCAGUUUGUUGGUGGCGGAAACUUUGGUCAACCUUUUGGUGAAGUCACAACCCAUCAAAAUGACCAAAAACAUUUCUCAAAUGACUUUUACAGCAACCAAAAUCCAGUCACCUUCCCACAGCAACAGAGCCUGAAUGCUCAUAUCUCACAUACUCCCGCCUCUGGAAGAUCUUCUGCUGGUCGUCCUCCCCAUGCUUUGGUUAACUUUGGUUUUGGUGGAAAGCUCAUUGUGAUGAGGAAUAACUCUAACGACAACAUGAACUUUGUUAGUCAGAGUCCUGUGGGAGGCUCCAUAUCUAUUCUGAACUUAGCAGAAGUUGUGAGCAGCAGCAUUGAGACACCAAGCUAUGGAACAAGUGCUAGCAAUUAUUUCCAGGCCCUCUGUCGGCAACCUGUACCGGGUCCUCUUGCUGGUGGAAGUGUUAGCACCAAGGAGUUGAACAAAUGGAUUGAUGAGAGAAUAACAAAUCUCAAGUCUGCUGACAUGAAUCCUGGAAGAUCUGAGGUUUUGAUUUUACUUCUCUCGCUACUGAAAAUAGCUUGUCAGUAUUAUGGCAAACUUCGAUCUCCUUACAGCACAGAUGCUGCAUUAAAGGAAAGUGAUUCUCCAGAGUCAGCGGUUGCCAGACUGUUUGCAUCUGCUAGAAGUGAUUCACGUUUUAGUCAAUAUGGUUCUGCUGCUCAAUGCUUGCAGCAACUGCCAUCUGAAGCACAAAUGCGGGCCACUGCUGCCGAGGUUCAAAAACUUCUGGUCUCUGGAAGAAAGCAAGAGGCUUUGCAAUUUGCGCAGGAGGGCCAGUUGUGGGGUCCUGCCCUUGUUCUUGCUGCACAACUUGGUGAUCAAUUCUAUGCCGAGACUGUGAAACAUAUGGCACUUAAGCAGUUGGUAGCAGGAUCACCUUUGAGAACCUUAUGCCUGCUAAUUGCUGGUCAACCAGCUGAUGUAUUUUCAACGGAUAGCUCAGAUGUUAGUAGCAUGACUGGUGCCGUACCUAUGUCUCAGCAACCAGUGCAGUUUGGAGCCAAAGGCAUGUUGGAUGAAUGGGAAGAGAACUUGGCAGUGAUAACUGCAAAUAGGACUAAGGAUGAUGAACUAGUGCUACUUCAUCUUGGAGACUGUUUGUAUAAGGAAAGAAGUGAUAUGAUGGCUGCUCACAUAUGCUAUUUGGUUGCUGAAGCCAGUUUUGAGCCAUACUCGGACAGUGCGAGAUUGUGUCUUAUUGGUGCAGAUCACUGGAAAUUCCCACGGUCAUAUGCAAGUCCAGAAGCCAUUCAGAGGACGGAGAUAUAUGAGUACUCAAAAACGCUUGGAAACUCGCAGUUUGUCCUACUCCCUUUCCAACCAUAUAAAUUUGUAUACGCGCACAUGUUGGCAGAAGUUGGGAGACUAUCUGAGGCGUUGAAGUACUGUCAAGCAGUAUUAAGAUCACUCAAAACUGGUCGAUCUCCGGAAGUUGAGACGUUGAGACAGUUAGUCUCAUCUCUGGAAGAAAGGAUCAAAGCUCACCAGCAGGGUGGGUUCUCGGCUAAUUUAGCUCCGAAGGAAUUUAUCGGUAAACUGCUCAACCUCUUCGAUAGUACUGCACAUCGUGUUGUUGGGUCCCUGCCACCAGCUGCACCAACCACAAGUGGCGCUGUACAUAGUAAAGAGAACAAUUACCAAUUGGUUGGAUCUAGAGUAUCAUCUAGUCAGUCAACAAUGGCUAUGUCUUCGUUAACACCUUCUCAAUCAAUGGAGCCUAUAAGUGAGUGGGCAGCGACUAGCAACAGAAUGGUUAUGCAUACGAGAAGUGUUUCUGAACCUAACUUUGGAAGAAGUCCAGAGGGUCAGGCUGAUGGGUUGAAGGAUGCAACUUCCGGUGGUGUGCAAGACAAAGCUUCAGCUGGCAGGACAUCUCGCUUUGGCCGGUUUGGUUUUGGAUCUCAGCUGUUGCAGAAGACUGUUGGUUUGGUACUCAAACCACGUCAAGGCCGCCAGGCAAAACUGGGUGACACAAAUAAGUUCUAUUAUGAUGAGAAACUCAAGAGAUGGGUUGAGGAAGGUGCUGAACCACCGGCACCAGAAGCAGCUCUUCCACCACCACCGACAACUUCAGUUUUUCAGAAUGGAACAUCAGAAUACAACUUAAAGAGUGCAAUGCGAAAUGAAGAUUCUCUUAACAAUGGAAGUCCAGAAUUCGAAACCCCAAGUGCUAUGGAUAACAGUCCUGGAAUGCCACCACUUCCCCCGACGACCAAUCAGUACUCGGCACGUGGAAGGAUGGGUGUUCGGUCCAGGUACGUGGAUACCUUCAACAAGGGCGGUGUUGGAAAUGCAACAAGUUCGUUCCUAUCGCCACCUGUUUCGUCCGUUAAACCCGCAAGUGGACCCAACACAAGAUUCUUUGUGCCCGCACCAGUAUCUCAUGUCGAGCAGCCGGUCGAUACUCCCACAAUUAGCGAACAUAAUGGUUUAUCUACCACUUACGAAGAUCCAUCUACUGCUCCUAACAACCCAUCCUCAUUUCAGUCCCGAGCUCCUCCAUCGACAGUGAACAUGCCAAGAUAUGCGAGCAUGAAUAGCAUCUCAAACAAAGGGGCAGGUGACAAUGGCUCGUUUUCUGUACAUUCACGGCGCACUGCAUCUUGGAGUGGAAGCUUGAAUGAUUCUUUCAGCCCUCCACCGCCAGCUGAAGGAAAACCUAUGCAACCCUCGUCCUUUAUGCCAAGUGACCCUUCUUUAAGGCACUCGUCAAAAAUUGGUGGAAGUUUUGAAGACGAACUACAUGAAGUAGAGUUUUGA